AUGCGUCGUUCGACGCCAUGUGAGACUGUCCGGGAAACUUGGGGUAUCCGAGGGCCCGAGGAAAUCAAAGGUGCGGAAAAUACUGGAAACAUUCGCAGGGUGUUGUACUUGAUUCGUUCGGCUGGCUCUCAAAGUCUUAUCACCAGAACUAACAGGAACACGGCUUUGUUAUAUUUAGCAAAGGUGGACGAUUGGACCGUUAGAAAUAAUGCUGCGAACAACUUGGAUAUCAUUUGGCUACAUGCUGCCUCCAGUCCGGACUGUCGGAAUUCAACAGAAAGGUGGACUGUGAAUAUUGAGCCCCAUUCUGCAUCAGAAGUGUCUGAGUGUAUAGUUCCAUUUAUGUGUCAUCGUGGGCAUUCCAUUGAAUCUGUUCAAAGUUACCUUUGUGACGAUUUUGUACUGAAUGACAAUGCACCGGGCGACAUAAAACUAUUACGCAUGGCAUUGGAUGCUGUGGCGGAUCAGAAUUUUGAGGAAUUAUACAAGCAAAAGAGAGGCCGGCGCAUCUUAAGAUAUCAUAUGCGGAAUGCCAAAAGUCAUACCGCCCCCUUUGCAAACUUUGUGAUGAGUCAUGCCCCUUCCGACAUUCUGCCAUCUGCCAAGAAACGCCGAUAUCAAAACGCGACUUCCCUUGACUGUACAACUGACCAACCUGUCUUACAGAAUCAUCCAUGUUUUCUGGAUGCUUCAACAGCAAGCAGGUCACCACCUAGUACACCCUCCCGUCACUCAGCUGUACAGCCUUCUUCGGUUCCAUGUGCUUCAGUGUCUGACAUUACUUGUUCUCCUGACCGUAGUUCUGUGCUUGUCAAUCCUGCAUUUAAUGCCAAGGAUCCGUCCGAACCGUUAGUCUCCGGUGGUGGAUUGAACGGUGGACGUUGUGGCGUAAAAAAUUCUCAGGAAAAACUCCCGAUGGCUUCCCAAGAAUCCGAUCACCUAGGUCCAAGACAGACAUCCAUUUAUGAGGAGCUAUACAGUGUACUUCGCCUGCUCUGGUCAGGCCAACGGACAGUUGUUAGUCCAAGCAAUCUUCUGUAUUCCAUUUGGACAGCUUUGCCUGCGUUCAAAGGUUAUAGACAACAAGAUGCAGAAGAAUUCCUUAGCGUCUUUCUAGAUCGGCUUCAAUCAGAAAUGCAUAGUGUUUCUGGCACGGCUCCACUGAAUUCACGUGAUUUCGUCAAUCGUACCUUUCAAGGUCACUCGGUAAGUCAUGUUCGCUGUUCCAACUGCAACGUCAUUGCAUGUACUGAGGAACCAUUUUCGGAGCUCAGUCUAGCCCUCCCUCCUGAUUGCUACAAUGGUGAGGCGACUGAGUGCAGUUUACAAGAUCUGCUUAACCAGUUCUUCAGCCCAACGCCGAUUGACGGUCGGAGCUACGCUUGUCGUGAGUGCAAUAGCAAGUAUGGUCCUGCUGCCUCAAGCCCAACUUUUUGUCCAACUAGCCAAGGAAGCACGAGCCUAGUGAAUCAGUCCCAGCUGAAUACUACGUCUUUAACUCCAUACAAAGUGGACAAAUUAAUUUCCGUUUCGUUAUCCCGAUUGCCAACACCUCCCUCUGGUUCUGCAUCGAUGCUGACAAGGGCUUCUACAACCGGGUCCCACAACUCAGUCGCUUCUUCUCCUUCCCGAUCAGAUGUGGCCCUUUCCCGCUCGCCCAGUGAUUGUGGCAUGGAUAUUGUGCACGACUCAUCUGUCGUCAAUUCUAGUCCUAAGCCAGCGACCGUUUCCACACCGCCUGCUUCCGAGGCGACUGAAACCGCGAAAUAUGGGGUUGGACAACAAUACUUAACUCGAGCUACCCAAACAAUCCGACUCACCCGCUUGCCUCGCGUAUUGCGACUCCACGUGAAGCGUUUUCGCUGGAUUGGACGACAACGUGAGAAAGUUGGCUGUCACGUUUCCUUUCCGCUCAUUCUUGACCUAUCUGAUUUUAUGCUGAACGAUGCAGAUCGGUUAGAGUGUAAACGCACACAUGCAUACGGUCCGCUGCACUCCGUUCGGGUUGAUUCAACGCCGACCACGCCUGUGCAACCUAGGAGUAGGUGUCCUUCGCCUGCCAAACCCAAUCCAACCAGACAGCAUUUGUAUCAUUUAACUGGGGUCAUAGUACAUCAUGGUCGUGGGUUCCAGUCCGGACACUACACUGCUUACUGUUUGAAUGAUGAGCCUGAGUGUUGGCUCAGUUGCAACGACGCGAACGUGUCGCUUUGUGAUUAUAGCGAGGUGGCCGCUGCUCAAGCUUAUUUGUUGUUCUACUCGGAACUGAUGCCUGCCUCGCCGUAUCCCCACUGGCUGACGCGUUCCAACGUGCCUCGUAUGCCUCUUCUUAAACGAUGCUACUCCACCGCCUUCCCUUCGGAAGAAAAUACCAAUCCAACUCCAAUAGAGUCCACAGGGACACCGAUGGAUGAAUUAGUGGACGUUUCCGUGAAACUUAGUCCCAUAUUGAAGCGCACAACGUCCACACCAACACUUAUCACGCGUGCAUGCCAAUCGCUUCCGGCAUCUGCACAGAUCAGACAACAACCAGCUGUGUUGGAGAGUGCAUUCCUCGGAGAAUCCUCUGAUGCCACAGAGCGAAGUCAGCCGGCUUCCACAGCCCUCUGCAAGCAAUCCGUGGAGAAUGAACGUAGAAGCAGAACCACUUUACGGGGCAUGAACCCCAAUACCUCUAGCUGAUAUAUUAUUGAUUCCUGUCUUCAAAAUAUAACUUGUUUAUCUCCACAAGAAACUAACUUUUGUUCACUUAGUGCAAAUCUAACGCAUUCAUCUAUUCUUCUUUGAUCGGAUGAAUUUACACUACUCCAAUAAAAUGACCCAAUCUUUCUUCCUAACCCCCGACCCCUUCACAAAGUUCUAAGCUCCAUACAGUGUUCCUUGUUUUGUCAUUUCUUUUGGGAUUACUUGUGCAUCUUUAUCAGACAAACGGUCACAAUCAGUUACCACACCAUCAUCCCGUGCAAAUAUCCACGUGUAGUUCUUAGUUUACGUUUUUCUACCCACACAAUAGCCUCUUAUCUUCCUAUGUAAUCAUGUCUUUGUGUGUGCAGUCCCAUGCUCCGUGAACAGACCCGUCUUGGUACACAGAGUAUAUGGCACGGCGCUGUAUCCAAUACCUAACCUCUCGUCGCUAUCCUACCUGUCGUUUGUAUUCAUUUUGAUGUCGUUCCUUUUAUGCAGUCGGAUUGCUUUGUAGCAUAACUGCACAACAUACUGGUCUAAUCAACGAGCCUUGUUUAUACGUUUUUCC